CACUUGUCGAAAUGGCGGCUCUCUCUCUCCCUUGCUCUUUCCCGCCUUCCCCUUGCUGUUCCCCUCCCCGCCCUCUCGUCUCGAGACCGCAGAACGCAAUCCUUAUCCCUAAUUUUCGCUGUCGUUGCCGUCGAAAGACGACUCGAGUCCUUGCUCAAACGGCCGAUCUGAAAGGCGGUGAAACGAAGAAGGAUUACAGGUUAGGGGUUCUUGACGAAUUUUUCCUGAACGCUUUUAGGAAUAAUAUGGUUCAGGAGGUCGGAUGGGAUUCAGAGAAGCCCGGUUAUGAUGGCUUGAUGGAAGUUGUCAAUCGUCUUAUGACAAAGGGUGGAUCCAACUCAGCAAUCCAGCAGUCAUCGGUACGGAUAAUUAGGUCAUUGUUUCCUCCCAUCAUUCUAGAUCUAUUCAAACAGCUUAUUGCACCAAUAGGAGGAGGGAAGCUGGCUGCUAUGAUGAUUGCACGGGUGACAGCAGGUACAUGUCAAUGGCUUCUGGGACCUUGCACAGUGAAUUCCAUCGAACUUCCAGACGGUUCUUCUUGCAGCAGUGGGGUUUUGGUUGAAAAGUGCAGAUACUUAGAAGAGAGCAAAUGUGUUAGUACCUGCAUUCACUCGUGUAAACUGGCAACACAGACUUUCAUAAGUGACUACAUGGGGGUUCCAUUGGUAAUGGAACCAAAAUUCACCGACUUCAGUUGUCAGUUCAAAUAUGGAGUUGCUCCUUCCCAAGCAGAAGAAGAUAAAAUACUUCAGGAGCCUUGUCUAGAAGUUUGUCCAAAAGCAUCGGCCCGAAAGAUGCGCAAUAUUCAAGUCACACAGACGGUCGCCUGCCCAAAAAUAUGAAAGUCGAUACAACCAUAAAGUUCCCGCCGGGGCUUACGUUGGGUGGACAAUGAAGCGUCAUGCGCAUGGUCUUCCCUCCUUGUGCAAAAGCCCUUGACCUGCUGCGGCCAUUCCAGGUCCAUGUAGCCUCUCCGUAAUGUAUAGUAUUUCUUUUGAUUACUGCAAGUUUGAGCAAAUCAAUUGAACCGACCUCGCCAUGGUCUCAUUUUGUAAGGGCAACAACCCGAACCCGUCAUUCGAUAAAAUUCGAACCUGUUGCCAAUA